CUUUGUGGGGCCGAGAGCUCAGUGGAGAGCGGAGAGUUGUGUCCGCCUUGCCGACGUCGCUGGCCGUGGGGCUGUCCUGGGAAGGCGGACGGCGAGCGCCCGGUGCCCGCACUCGGCCGCCUGCCGUGCCUGACUGCGCCCGUGUCAUCCUCACUCGGGACGCAGGGACCGUUUUUAAAUCAUAGGGGCGUGUGUCAGCCUGCCCUAGGACUUCAUGUCUAUAUAUUUCCCCAUUCACUGCCCCGACUAUCUGAGAUCGGCCGAGAUGACUGAGGUGAUGAUGAACACCCAGCCCAUGGAGGAGAUCGGCCUCAGCCCCCGCAAGGAUGGCCUUUCCUACCAGAUCUUCCCAGACCCGUCAGAUUUUGACCGCUGCUGCAAACUGAAGGACCGUCUGCCCUCCAUAGUGGUGGAACCCACAGAAGGAGAGGUGGAGAGCGGGGAGCUCCGGUGGCCCCCUGAGGAGUUCCUGGUCCAGGAGGAUGAGCAAGAUAACUGCGAAGAGACAGCAAAAGAAAAUAAAGAGCAGUAGAGUCCCUGUGGACUCCCAUGGGUCAUACCAGCCAGCAUCUGUUCCUGAACUGUGUUUUUCCCAUUGUGACGGAAGAAGAGAGUGAGCCGCAAUUGUUCUGAAAAUGUCAAACGAGGCUUCUGUUUUGCACCUGCAGAUCACCGAGUUGGUUUUCUUUUCUUUUCUUGUCUUUUUUUUUUUUUUUUUUUUUUGAAAUUUGCCGAGCAGUGGAGCCCUCUGACAAUUUGCAAGGCCCUCUGAGAAAGGAAGCUGCUUAGAGCCAGGGCAUUAGGGGGUGGGGGGAGUGAGUGCUGUUUUUGAGAUCAUUAUCUGAACUCAGGCAGCCUAGUAGAGGCAGUGGUGGGAUUCCAGUGGGUCUUGGUGGGUGGGAGGUGGGGCAUGUGCAAAGCAAGCAAGGAACAUUUGGGGUAAGAAAACAAACAUGAGGCAAAAGAAAAAAUACAUGUUUUUAAGAAAACAUCGAGCAGAGAACUGCAGCCAGGAUGCGCUCAGCAGACAUUCACUCUGGCUGCUGGGACAUCAGAAAACAAAGUCUUCAUCUCUCUCUCCAGUUUCACCCACCCCACCCUUUGCUUUCAUUUCAGGUGUGUUGGUCUAUGACAGGGAGGAGAGUAAAGGAGAGCAGGAGCAAUUGGCUGCCUGCAAAGCCAGAUGGAGGUGAUGUGCAGGAAAGGAAAGGUCACCCCAUUCUUCUCCAUGGCCUCUCUGCUCCCAGCUGUGGUAGGCUCACAUAGCCAAUGUGAUUGGUUUUUAAGAGGCAGUGUUUUUCAGCUUUUCUCCCUGAUAUAUCCAUUUUGCUUCCCAGCACUUUUUAGGAGUAGUGAGAGCACUUCCUGCCCUUGUUGGAAGCCCCAGGGUAGACACUUGGCAUGAAGGUCUCUCCCUUAACUGCUGCCCUCCCAAAACUUGCUCCCAAGAUGGAGUGGGCUUGGUCUUCCAGGCUGGCCCUUCAUCCUCCUCACCGCCACCUUCCCUGCCCCAGCCACAGCAGCCAUGGGUACAUGGGUCCCCAGCUCAGCUGUGGAUUCCCGCCAGUCUGCCCAGCUGCAGUACUCCCGCCCAUGGGGGCUCUUGGUCUGUUUUUCUUGUGGGAGCCAAGUGGAGAGCAGACGUGGCUUUUUCUGUGUCUUGUUGGGGCGGUGACUUGCAUGGUGGGGACAAGGCUGUUGUGGCAACCUUGGGAUCGAGUUUGAGACUAAAGGAUGCCAUGAGAUCCCUGGCUUCUCCCCAUGUUGUUCCCAGACAAGGGCAGAAGGGAGGCAUGGCAAGGGCAGAAGGGAGGCAUGGCAAGGGCAGAAGGGAGGCAUGGCAAGGGCAGAAGGGAGGCAUGGCAAGGGCAGAAGGGAGGCAUGGCAAGGGACCUCCGCUGUCCUUACUCAACGGUGGUCCUCAUCCCUCCCCACCUCCCACUGCUUCCUGCAAGGGCACCAGUUGUAUGAGAAAGUUGGCCUUUGGACUUAGCAUUUCUUAUUGUAGCUAAGAGCCAUCUGAAGCAGCAGGUUGCAGGACAAAUGCUUCAGUCCAGCCGAGAGCAGUACCACGUGGCCAAGAGGUGGACUCAGAGCCUUCCUUGAGCUAAACUCGGCCAACCAAGGCACGCAGCAUGUCCCCUCAGGUCUCCAGUCAGUCCAGGUUGACCCUCGGUUCUGGACGUGUGUAUAUAGCUGUAUUUAAUACCUCAAGGUCAUUGUGGCUCUGGGGAUGCCGGGGCAGGAGGACGAGGGUGUGCUGUGGACACAGCAGUCCGCGGGAUUCCGUUCUGGGAAGCCGAUGGUCGCCGGCACCCCCUGCUUCCUCCCUCUGUUGUCUGCCUGUGUGACACACAUCAAUGGCAAUAACUUCUUCCAACUCCUCGCAGAAGUGGGAGAGGCCGGCAGCCUGCACCGAGAGGGGCUUUCCUCUCUCUUGCUCCCCGCUUCAUUCUGUUUUGGCUGCAGAGAGUGGUUCAUCCAUACUCUCAUUCCCUCGCCUCCCCUUGUGAACGGGGGUCUUGCCUUUUCAAUUCCUGUGUUUUGGUGUCUUCCCUUAUCUGCUACCCUGAAUCACCUGUCCCGGUCUUGCUGUGUGGUGGGAACGUGCUUGUAAACUGCGUAACAAAUCUACUCUGUGUAUGUGUCUGUUUAUGGGGGUGGUUUAUUAUUUUUGCUGGUCCCUAGACCACUUUGUAUGACCGUUUGCAGUCUGAGCAGGCCAGGGGCUGACAGCUAAUGUCAGGAACCUCAGCGGUGGAGCCUGCUGGGGGGACCCAGCUGCUCUUGGACAAGUGGCUGAGCUCCUAUCUGGCCUCCUCUUUUUUUUUUUUUUUUUUUUUUUUCAAUUAAUUUGUGUGUAUUUCUAACUGAUUGUAUUGAAAAAAUUCCUAGUAUUUCAGUAAAAAUGCCUGUUGUGAGAUGAACCUCCUGUAACUUCUAUCUGUUCUUUUUUGAGGCUCAGGGAGAAACUAGCAUUUUUUUUUUCCAAACUACUUUUUGUCACUGUGACAGUUGUAAAUAAAGUUUGAAAAUGCUUUCCA